ACCACCACUGCCCUGCUCUUGUUUUCCGACCUGGAGAAGGCCAUGAAUGAGAUCAUUGACGUCUUCCACCACUACUCAAGGCGGGAGGGGGACAAAGACACCCUGACCAAGAGGGAGCUGAAGCUCCUGAUUGAGGAGCAGCUUAGAAACUACCUGCAGCAUGUGAAAAACAAGGCCACCAUUGACGAAAUCAUGAAGGACCUCGAUAUAAACAAGGAUGAGCAGCUCAGCUUCUGCGAGGUGAUGUUGCUGAUCACCCGUGUGACCAUUGCCACCCACGAACACCUCCAUGAUGUUGAGGGCCAUGGCCAGAAGCAACAGCAGCAACAACAGCAGGAGCACCACAAGCAUCACCACUGA